AUGGCUUUUCAAAUAAGAAGAUCCUUCUUUGGAGAAGCCGUGGUGUUUAAGUUUACAAACAUUGUCUGUAAGAGCUAUAACGAGUCUUGGUUUGUUUUUCAUUACUGCCGAUUGAAGGCAGUCAGUCGGGAUAAGGUGAUUUUGAAUGCGAACGGUACCGUUCUUCACCCGGCUUAUUCGAUUAACAUUCAUGCCAAGGUCUACAAGAAGGAAAGUGGAUACAAGCCAUGGCUACUGGAAUCGAAAAUUGACGCAUGUCGCUUUAUGAAAAGGAGUUAUGAUCCUUUUGCCAAAAUUGUGUAUGAUUUUUUUAAGGAGUUUUCUAAUAUUAACCAUACCUGUCCAUAUGUGGGCCUGCAGGAUCUAAAGGGCUUCUAUUUAAGGCCUGAACUAUUAAUGCUUCCCAUUCCGAGUGGGGAUUAUAUGCUUUCAUUGAGAUGGUAUUUCCACAACAAACUAAUUUUUGACACCAACGUUAGUUAUCAGUUCGUUGAAGAUCUUCGUUUAGGAAAGUAACAGAUUUGUUUAAAAAUACAUUUUUUAUUUACGUUGAAUAGGUGUCUAAAAAUAUUCAUGACUUCAAGUCGGUUUAUCGUCAAGGAAAUUAAAGGUUUUUACCCCCAAAACGGCCACGUAUUA